AUGCAGACUACCAUCAGCGGACCGGUCUUCCCCUUUUCACUCUCGUUCUGGCGGCGACCGUGGGCCUUCUCCCUUGCAUCGCUGGGGGCAUGCGUGGGGCUUGCCUGGGGUCCCGUCUUCCUCUAUCGUCGCAAAUUCAUGCGCAGAUUGGGCCAGCACUCUUGGGAUGAGAUCGAACCGCGAUCCAAUAUCUACAGGGCAGAGGAUGAAGAGCACAAGGAGGCAGUCUUGUCGUACAUGCGUGGGGUGGAGUCCUACCCCGUCUAUGCAUCGGCCAUCCUUCUCGCCAUCAUCACCCGGGUGGAGGCGCGAGUGGCCGACAGGCUAGCACUGGCCUAUGUGCUUCUCCGCUUGCUCUACACCAUCUUCUACAUCUAUGGCUCCAACAUCGUGUUGGCCAAGCUGCGAACGUUCGCGUGGACGGGGAGCUGGAUCAUCACAUUCGCGCUUUAUUGGAAGAGCCUGCGAAGAGUUCAUUUCCUUGAACAGUCCCUUUAG